UUUCGCUGUGACUCAUGUUGUCAUGUGAGGCAAAGCCGGUGCGAUGUUAACCGGUAGACUUGUUCAACCAGGAAAUCAACGUGUGUAAACAAGAGCUGCGGUGGAAGAGUGUUUUCUUUAAAUAUUAAGAGAAAAUAAAGAGAAAAGAAGCGUUUGACGUCACUUUCUGAAUUUGGUUUCUUAAAGGUCGGGGCCUUCCUCCGCUCGCCAUGGCAUCCUUACUGAAGAAGAAGACUGUAGAUGAUAUAAUAAAAGAACAGAACAGAGAGCUAAGAGGAACACAGAGGCAAAUUGCAAGAGAUCGAGCUUCACUGGAGAAACAGGAAAAGCAAAUGGAGCUAGAAAUUAAGAAAAUGGCUAAAACCGGCAACAAGGAGGCAUGCAAAAUUCUAGCUAAACAACUUGUCCAGCUCCGGAAACAAAAAAACAGAACCUACGCUGUAAGCUCCAAAGUUACCUCAAUGUCUACUCAGACUAAAGUUAUGAGCUCCCAAAUGAAAAUGGCGGGAGCCAUGUCUACAACUGCAAAGACAAUGCAAGCAGUCAACAAGAAGAUGGACCCACAAAAGACUUUACAGACAAUGCAAAAUUUCCAAAAGGAGAACAUGAAGAUGGGCAUGACUGAAGAAUUGAUUAAUGAUACUUUGGAUGAAAUCUUCGACGAAUCUGGGGAUGAAGAAGAAUCGCAAGACAUUGUAAACCAGGUUCUAGAUGAGAUUGGCAUUGAAAUUUCUGGAAAGAUGGCAAAUGCCCCUUCAGCAGGCAGAAACAUGCCCACAGCAUCGACAUCUAAAACUGCUACGAUUUCUGAUGAAGAGAUUGAGAGACAGCUAAAGGCUCUUGGUGUAGAUUAAUCUGCACGUCUGCUGUUUUGCAAAGAUGUGAAUGUUUCUAAAGCAUCUGGCUUGAGCAGGGUGGAUCCUUUAAUUUUACUUAAUGGGUGUUAAGUCUGGUAAAAAGGGUUUGUGUAAUGCUAAUAAUAAUAAAAAUAAUACAAUCGCUGUUAAGUAUGUGAUUAAAGAAUUUUGAAGGAAUUACAAUAGGCUAUUGCUAAUGCUGGGCAGCAAAAAAAAAAAAAAAAAUGAAAACUCAGAAUCAUUCCCACAUUGCUUUCAAUGUGGGGUCAUAUUUUAAUGACUCUUGAACUUGAGUGAGUAAUUCAAGUGAAUGUUUUUGAGGAUUCAUAGAAUAAGCAGUCUUUAACAGACCAAGUCAAACGAAGAAUGACCUGCUUACUGUGUACCAAGCUGAAAUCUGCAGACAUGUUGGCAAGCACUUGUCAGAUUUGAUGCCAAUUUGAAACAAAGACAUUUGUUUCUAAAUUACAUAUCUGUAUUUUAUUAGAUAGAAUGGAUGUAUACAUUAACUGGAAAUUGGAUGUUGAGCAUGGCUUUCUGUCUAAUUUCAUAUUUACAAGACUUUCCAUGAGUAAAAUAUAAAUGUGUAAGUGAAACAUCUAGACCAUGCUGAAUGUGUCAAAGUUGGACAUAAUAUUAGGCAAAUAUGCUUGGUUACCUGUUUCCUCCUGUGAAUUCAGUUGUGGGAUGUGUUAUUUUAUAACACUUGAAAAUAACAAGUAACCCUAACAAAAUCAUGAAGUAAACCUCUGGUUUCUGUUUUGCAAAUAGUUGAAGCAGUUGGCUACUUUUAUUUAUAUAUUUUGUUUCUUAUUAUUAAUAGUUAUUACAUUUUGACUAUGUUUUUGCUUGAUAUAUUUGGGUGUGAAACUAAUUGUUAUUGCAUUUUUUUUAUUCUUUUUUCUUGAUUUUUGUGGUUGUGAAACUAAAGCAAAGGUAUUCUGUACACUGCUGUCUUUCACCAAAAAUGUGUUUUGAAUCCCUUGUUGGAAGUAUGAAUGCUUAAACGUUUACUAUCAUAAAUUAAGUUGUUAGUAUUUCAGUAAUAACAGUAUAUGUGCCUUAGGGAAACUAUGUAACAUCAUUUAAGCACUAAAAAGCAUAUUUAAUAUCCUCCAUAUUUAGGUUAAAAGACUUAAAUAAUUGAGAGACUUCUGCAUCAGUUUGGUCUGAGGUAGCAAGUUUUAUUUUGUGAGUAAAACAAAACAGUGGAUUAAACUGCAUAUUAAAGCUUGACUGCCUUGAUGUGCAAGUUACCAAAAGAGUGAAUACAAAUUUUGAAAGUAUCAGCUUCAAACGUUUCUUCAGUUAGCAUUUCACCUGUCAUUUCAGAUGGCUUAUUUUUGUUUGUUUACCCCAGAAAAUUAAUGACUUGGAAAUGGAAAAAGAAUCUUUUUUGAGCAGGGAGCAAAAACAUUUUAAUAUUUAAAAAAAAUAAAGAUAUUUAGUUUAUUUUGCACUACUAAAUUCUUGCAGAAUUGGGAUGGGGCAUACACCAGUAUGUUUUUGCCAUACUGGUCCUUACUCGAGAAAUAUGCACAACCAUAGAAAGUGAGAAAAAAUAAUAGUAAACAAUUUAGAUAAGGAAGAACAUGCAGAUUCUACAAAAACAUUUAAUAGUAUUGAGAAAUUAAUUCAGCAUUUUGAGAGUGUGAGACAGCUGCAUUAACCACUGUGCCAGCGUUUUCCCUUAAUAAUAUCCAAAUAAGGUUUUAUUUUUCUGUUUAUAGAAAUCACUUUUAAUUUUCAUUAGUCAACAUGAUUUUAAAGAGUGCUUGUAUUACUUCAGUUGAUUCGAAAAAUAUCAGAAGUUUCGAUUAAGUUAUAACUUUAUGGCAAUUGCUCAUAAUAUAUGUGUAUAAAUUAUUGCAUCUAAAAAUUAAUUACAUUUUAAUAAAUAUUUCAAAAUUGUGAGUUAGGAGGAAAUAUCCUUACUUUGCAGUACUCUUUCACGCUAUAUUAAGUCAAUUUUGAACAGACAGUUGCUCAAGUGUAAAAAGUUUUUAACAAGUGCAAGUGGAAGAAUUACCUUUUUUUUUUUUUUUUUUUUUUUUUUUUGCCGCCCUCACACAUUCUAUCCUGGCAGGUUUGUACAGCUACAGUCAUUAUACGCAAUAGGAGUGAGAAUGGAUUUGAUAUCAAAUAGCUCUGAAAAUACUGUACAUAUGUAUGCUAUCUUCCAUAGGCCUUGUCUUUCAACCUUAUUAUAUGAUAGAUGAAACUAAAUCCCUGGAUCCUUUUGUUCCACAGGCUGUAUUGUAAAUUAUGCAUCCAUAGCUUGUACUAAACAAUAUUUUACUGUUUGUUUUUUGGCAAUGUAUACUCAGUGGUUUUCUACCAUUUUAGGUCCUUAAGGAUUUGACCUCAAUAAAGAAAACUGUGAAAAGUUUUCUGCAAUAAGUUGCCUUAUUCUUGUUCAGAAGCUAGCAUCCAACCUUUUUGAUCUGUAUGUCAGGCAUUUUUUAUUUAUUAUGUAUUUUGUGUUUGCAUUUAUAAUACUGCUUUGUGUUCUUCUUUUUAACACUACCAGAAUUUUUUUUAUUUGCAUAUUGUACAUAAAUAAUGUUGCAUAAUAAAAUCUUUUUUGUGCCUGAA